AUAUAUACGCAUUCAACAACAUUCAACUACUCGUACAGAAUGUCGCAAGCAAACAUCGACGAAGCAAUUUUAAAAUACGAAAAUAUCAUCAACAAUGUUCUCAAAGAGGAUUUGAGAGUGUUAGAAAUGAGAUUACAGCAAAUAAAUGCAGAGACUUCCGAUUUGAUACAACAGAGGCACGCAUUAAAAGUGAUUACAGACAAGAAUAUACAUCCAAAUGGAUUCAAAGCUCAGGUGAAUAUAGGCUGUAAUUUUUUCAUGGAAGCGGCCGUCAGCGAUACUUCGUCAUUAUUGAUGAAUAUAGGUUUAAAUCAUUAUUUAGAGUUCAGCAUAGAGGAAGCUAAUAAAUAUUUAGACGCAAGAAUAAAGGCAUAUGAGCAGAAAUCUGAAGAAUUGCGAGAAAAGGCGGCACAGACCAAGGCACAUAUUAAGCUGAUAUUGUUUGGUAUAUCAGAACUACAGCGUGGUGCAAGGUGAUUACUGUGGUGCAAAAUAAAAUUUUGUUUUAAAAUCUUUUCUUCUGUUCCAUAAGGACAGAGAGGAUAGAAUAAGUUUACAAAAAGAAUACAGUGUUAUUGACAAUGAGUUUUGUUUUUUUUAUGGCAUACAGUUUUAUGUCCUGUUCAGUAUGCAUCAGAAAAUAUUACACUUAAAAGAGAAUAACCAAGUCGGCGAUGAAAGGUCACAUCAGCGAAUGCUCUGUGAAAACAAUACUGAUUUUAACUUGUAAGCCAAUAUAUAAAGACCUUUAUACCAAUAAGGAGCCAUAUUAGGUUUUAAAAUACCCAUAAUAAGCUAAUAUGCUGUGUGUUAGUAUCAGUGGGAAUGAGUCCAUAUAAACCGAUUCCUGCUGGUAUCCUUUUAUGUGGAAUCUGAUUAUCAGAACAAUUUGCAGACUGCAUUCAUUCAUAUCAGUACCUACAUAUUAUGUCGGGUUAGAAAAAUUUCAUCUUUCACUACUGAUUCAAUACUUAAUAUCAAGCUUUAACUGGAUAUUAUAAAUUUAUAUAAGUGUUCUUCAUACUAAGAUGUGAUUAGUAUCGAGAUGUUAUUUGUUGUAGCCUGAAAAGGAAAAUAAAAAGCCUGCUUUAAGAACUAUUGCAUUUUUGGUUUAAAAUUAAUAUUGUCAAUAUAAAAUUUAUUUUAUUGCACAACAUGAUGAGGCUUUUUAUUUUCCUGGUCACACUUUAGAAUACACAGUUGUAAAUUGUUAAUUAAUGCUACAUAUUGUUAAGUGUUAUGAAAAUUUUGGAUUAUAUUCCAAUUACUGAAACUCAAUUAUGUAUUCUGUUUCAUUUAACCCUGUUGAGUUUGCAGUUUUAUGUGUCAGACGAGAAUUCUUAAAUUAUAUAGAGCGGACAUUGGGAAGAUUAAUAGAAAAAAAUUGUACUUGUGUGAUGGUACUUAGUCAACCGUGAAAUAGUAAAACAUCAAUGUAAAAUACUUCAUAUUUUUUCAUUGCAUUGCACAUUUUUAAUGCAAAUAUUAGCAUAUUUUCUGUCAAUAUAUUAUUUUUGUAUUAAUAUCUAAGGACCCGUGACAUCUUAUCAUACUGACAUUUCAAAUAAGAUAGCGACUUAUUACCAUUUGGUAAUAACUUUUGGAGCAAAAAUUUGACCCUGAUGUUCGAUCUAUAACUAACUAUAAUAUAGUGUAAUGUCUAUAAUAAGAUGCAAGUGGAAUUAAAUAAUUUGCCUCAGAAAUCUUUGUAAUUAAUUAUGGCUCACUAUGACAUGUGGGUUGUGUGUUAAAGUACUUUUAAUAGGAUGCAUGUCAUAUUUUCAAAAUGAUUUCACUGUAUUAUAUCAGGUUAGACUUUGUGAUUAUUAGGUUAUAAUAAAAUGAUUAUAUAUUUUUAAAAA